AUGCAUGUGAGCUACUUUGAGGAUCGAGAAAACAACAUGGAUACUGGAGCUCGGAAAUGGCACAAUAGUUGUUUCCCGACACCGAAUUUUGUAUCUUACACAGAUUAUAUGGGAUACCAGCAUGCACCACACAUGGAUAACCAGAUGCAACCUUCAGGAGUCUGGGGAACUCUUUAUGGACAGUCAGGGGAGGAAUGGAAUGAAUAUGGUCCAGAACCCACAAACACAAGUUCCACAGCAAUAUCUGGUUUACCUUGUGAACAAAUGAACUACAACUCUGUUGAAUAUAACGCUAUAUCUCAUUGUGGAUCUGAGGCAAUGUCUUUCAAUACAAUGAACAUUGUUCAAAUAUCAAAUGAUAAUCAAAGAAAUCAGCCUUAUCAAUGGACGAGGAAAACAUGUCUAAUUCCAAAAGGAAAUACCAGGACUAAGGAGAAAUACAGAGUGGUAUACACAGAUCACCAGAGGCUAGAACUUGAGAAAGAAUUCCUCUCAAAUAAAUAUAUCACUAUUCGAAGGAAAUCUGAAAUCGCACUGAGUCUGGGUCUGUCAGACAGACAGGUAAAAAUCUGGUUUCAGAAUCGAAGAGCUAAAGAAAGAAAAUUGAUCAAGAAAAUCAGACAAUUUGACAACAGCAUUAGUUCUGCUCAGAGUGACUCAGGAUCAAUUAGCCCAGCGGACAUGUCUGCUAGUUUAUUCUCACAGCAAAGUACAAUGAACAAUUUACAAUCAUUAAGCAAAUUGCAUGAGUUUAAAAUCCUCCCUCAUUUGCAAUGUGACUCGACAAUGCUUCUGCUGACCUUUGGGACCUUUCAAUUGCCCUUCCAGUCUGCGGUUGAAAACCCUCCCCAUGGGAAUAGCCCUCCCAGCAAAAUUGAGGAGGUCCAACAGCGAUUGCAGCUCCUUUAUGGUAACGCAAUCCGCCUUGGCAACUGA